CGUCCGCUCGUCGGCGUGCUGAGCCAGCCGCGGUACUGGACCGGAGCGCCCGACGCGCCCGGCGGGUACAUCGCGGCGAGUUACGUCAAGUGGCUCGAAGCCGCGGGCGCGCGCGCGGUCCCCAUACUUUACACCGACUCGAACGAAACCAUCCACGGAAAGCUCUCCUCCGUCAACGGAGUGCUCCUCCCCGGCGGCGAUUCCGACAUAUCCCCCGGGACGUCCCUGCGCGCCGCGGGCGAGAGCGUCGUGCGCGAGUCCAUGGCGGCGGCCGCGGUCGGGGAGACGUAUCCGGUGUGGGGCACCUGCAUGGGCUUCCAACUGGCGGCGCUGGCGGUGAGCGGCGACGAAUCAAUCUUUCGUACGUUCGACGGGCCGGACAUGACGUCCAAGCUGCGGCUCACCAAGGCGGCGAAAUCGUCGAGGAUGCUGCGUUCGAUCCCGCCCGACGUGCUGGCGCACGUAACGACUAACCCUAAAUCGAUAUACGAGAACCACGUGCAUGGGUUCGACCCGGGGGAUUGGAAAAGAGACGCGAGGCUUGUUGAGACAUUUGGCGAACCCGUCGCGUUGGACGUCGACAGAGACGCCAGGCCGUUCGUCGCGCUGGUGGAGGGGCGGUCGGGCGUGAACGUGUACGGGUCUCAGUUCCACCCGGAGAAGCCGCUGGGGGAGUGGAACCCGCGGUUGGCGAUUCCCCACGACGAGGGCGCGGUGCGGGUAGCGCAGUCGCUGGCGAAUUUCUUCGUGGGAGAGGCCAGGCGGAGC